AUGGAGAAAAACUCAGAUGAAGAAGCUUUCCUUUUUGCCAUGGAACUAUCAUUUGCUUCUUCUGUUCCAAUGGUUCUGAAAACAGCAUUGGAACUUGGAAUCAUUGAAAUCAUAGCCAAAUCUGGCCCUAAUGCUUACCUCUCAUCUUCUCAAAUUGCUUCUCAAAUUCCUUCUAUAAAAAAUCCAGAUGAUGCACCUUCUAUGUUGGACCGUUUGUUGCGUCUUUUGGUUAGCUACAAAAUACUUACUUGCUCCAUCCAACAUCAAAGUGGUGAUUCUAAUGAAGAAAGAUUGUAUGGUCUUCACCCUUUAGCUAAAUACUUUGUCAAAAGUAAUAAUGAAGAUGCACAUGGUGCCUCCAUGAGUUCCUUCUUUCUCAUGCAACACGACAUAGUCCUUAAAGAUAUGUGGUACCACUUAACAGAUUCAAUUAAAGAUGGUGGACUUCCAUUUAAUAAUGCUUUUGGAAUGAAUGUUUUUGAGUUUCAUGCCAUAAAUCCAAGGUUUAACAACCUUUUCAACAAGGGUAUGUCUGAUUCCUCUAGUCUCAUAAUGAUGAAAAUUCUUGAGACAUAUUCGGGUUUUGAGGGUCUUGAAUCUGUUGUUGAUGUUGGUGGUGGGAUUGGAACUGUUACUUACAUGAUUGUCUCUAAAUAUCCCAACAUUAAAGCCAUUAAUUUUGACUUGCCACAUGUCAUCAACGAAGCUCCAUCUUAUCCAGGUGUCGAGCAUGUUGGAGGAGAUAUAUACUGGAAAGGUGGAAAAGAAAGAACACAGAAAGAGUUUGAGGCUUUGGCUAGGGGAGCUGGAUUUCAAGGUUUCCAAAUUGCAUGUUGUGCUUUCAAUAUGUAUGUUAUGGAGUUUCUUAAAAAUGCUUAA